GGGUCGGCUCAGAACAUGAGGCUGUCAUCGGGCUGGACAGCGCUUCUUUACCUGCUGCUCCAUGGAGCUGCUACCUUCUGCACAGGUCUACCUUUAGGAGGUUUUUGGGCUGCAAAAUUAAGUCAAGCUCCAAAUUUUUUUGAUAAUAACUGAUUACAUUUAAGAAGGAGAACAUCCAGUCAGAUAAGUAACAUAAUUUAAAAACUGUAUUUUAUAUUUACUGUGGUUAUAUAUGGCAUAUAUUAACAUUUAUUUCAGGAUCUAAAAGAUGCAAGUGUGGCAAAAAGACUGAAGAAAUUUAGGGAGAUAAUACGCUUUUUAUUGUCACAGAUUUAGUAAGGCUUAAUACUUUACAUUAUAUUAAAACACUUUUUUACUGUUUUGUCACUUUUACAGCGGCAAGUGAAUGUUAGCAGAAUAAAAUGUCCUUUGUUAGUUUUGGUGUGAAGUAACAGCUGAGUUAUAAUUCUGUAGAAAAAAAUAAGCAGUGAAAGCAUCAAUGUUUUCUUUGUGUUGAGGCUGCUGACAUAAAAUCCACUCUGAACGUCUCUAAUAACCCAAGAGAUCCACACAUACCAAGAAAUCAACACAAAUUAGUCUAUAAAUUAGUUGAAAUAAAGUGAAAUGUCAGCAAGAGAAAAGCAUUGAGCUGAAAUGUGUUCCACGCUCAGCGGCUUUUGUUGGUAAUAACAGAAUCAAAGUGUUUCCUGAACGGAGAAACUGGUGACAUGCUUUAUUACUCAGGUAACCAAUUCUUCCACUCAAACUUUCAUUAAAUCUCAAAGGUUUUCUGCUUUAGUCUCACUGAAAAAAUAUCCGGUUUUGUUAUUAGAUUCUUAUGAAGAACAUUAAUAUACAUUCCUCAGCUCCUCCGUCCUUCAGGUGUAUGAGAUCUGCCUAUACUAUCACGUUUUCAUCUUCAAAUUUCACAUUUAUUGUAGUUUUUGAGGGUUAGGUGGAAUGAAAUUUUCCUUCGAAAUUUCAUGGUGUAAACAAAAAUAUCCAAAAAUUGGAGAUUUGGUCUUAUUUGAAUAUUCUGCAACAAGCAUGCUUUUUUUCAGCAGUGGAGUCUUGUGAAUGCCUACAUAAGCCAUGGUGAUUGAGUGAAUCUCUUACUGUUUUCAUGGAAAAGAUGGACCUGCUAAUGGAAUAACAGACAGAUUAUUGAGAUCAGCAGCUGGUGGUGGCUGGUUUAUGUUAAAAAGCCGCCCAGUAACCCUGGAAGGUUUGCCAAUGCCACCUUGGUGCGGCUGGCUGACUUCCUGAGCGCUGGAUAUAAGAAAGGAGUGAGACCUGUGAAGGACUGGAGGACGUCCACUAUCGUUGCCAUAGACCUCAUGGUUUACUCCAUCCUCAGCGUGGACGAGAAGAACCAGGUUUUGACGACGUAUGUGUGGUACAGGCAGUCAUGGACGGAUGAGUUCCUGGUGUGGAACCCAGAGGAUUUUGAUGAAGUCAAGCAAGUCUCCCUGCCUACAGCUAACGUCUGGGUUCCUGACAUUCUCAUCAACGAAUUCGUCGAUGUGGGGAAGUCUCCAGAUAUUCCUUACGUCUACGUUACACACGAGGGUCUGGUGCAGAACUACAAGCCCAUCCAGGUCGUCACCGCCUGCACACUCAACAUCUACAACUUCCCGUUCGACGUCCAGAAAUGCAGCCUCACCUUCCAGAGCUGGCUCCACACCAUCGAUGACAUCAACAUCACCCUGAUGCGAAGCCCCGAGAAACUCCGGGACGACAAGAGCGUCUUCAUGAACCAGGGAGAGUGGGAGCUGCUGCACAUUCUGUCCAAUUACAAGAUCUUCAGCGUGGACAACGACGACUACUACGCAGAGAUGAAGUUCCACGUGGUGAUCCGACGGCGGCCGCUGUUUUACACCGUGAACCUGCUGCUGCCCAGCAUCUUCCUGAUGGUGAUGGACAUCGUUGGUUUCUUUCUGCCUCCAGACAGCGGAGAGAGAGUUUCCUUUAAGAUCACUUUGCUGCUCGGCUACUCUGUCUUCCUCAUCAUCGUAUCCGACACUCUGCCUGCCACGGCCAUCGGAACGCCACUGAUAGGUGUGUACUUCGUGGUCUGCAUGGCUCUCCUGGUGAUCAGCCUAACAGAAACCGUACUGAUUGUUCGUCUGGUCCACAAGCAGGAUCUGCAGCCACCCGUCCCCCACUGGGUGAAGUACCUGGUCCUGGAAAGAGCUCCGGUUCUCUUCUGCAUCCACAAAAAGCACCGCUUCUGUGCGCGGCUGUCRUCUCAGGCUUCAGAGCUGGACCGCUCCAAGGAAUACAACUACGGGACGGCCCAGUGCUCCCUCCACCACACCUGUGAGAUAGGCCAGAGGCUCAGCCACCAGGACAGAGAGGGUGGGAUGCUUGGACUUCGCCUGGCCCCAUCCAGGGACAACACUCCGCCCGUCAUGGACAACAUCCUCCAAGAGGUGACGGCCAUUCGGCAGUUCCUGGAGAAGAGGGACCGRUGUCGGGAAAUCGCCAAGGAGUGGCUCCAGGUUGGCUACGUGCUGGACGUGCUGCUCUUCAGAGUCUACCUAGUGGCCGUGAUCGCCUACAGCAUYACACUGGGCACUCUGUGGUCGGUCUGGCAGGUGGCCUGAGUUUCGCCCCUYCACCCAGUCAGCGUAGGUCAAUYWCAAAUAAGUAUAUCAAGUAUAAGUGGCUGAAGCUCAUCGGAUAAAGGAGGCAUUCAUGAAUAGAGAAAUAACUCCUCUAGAUGAGGCCACUAUGUAAAUUCAGAGGACGAGACACUAAAAUGUCCUCGUAAACAUUAUAAUUUGGGCCUAAUCUGGUAAUUUGAAGGCAUAUGACUCAAAAGUAACAAGAAGGGCUUCAUCAGGAGGAAUACAAAAGCUUUCUGAGACGCUCCAAAGGCACAUUGGCAUUCUGUCCCAAACUGUUUCAGGUGCAGUUAAUAYGGAUCAUUACAGGGGAUAACACAGGGAURUUAGUGAAGYCAAAGUUAAGUUUUAUCCCAGAUAUCUACUGAGUUGAAGAAAACAAUGAUAUGACUAGGAAAUGAAAAACAAUAAUCUGAAGAGGAGAAAUGAUAAUAAACUUGGUUACCAAAAGARAAAAUAUAUAAGAAAAAUCUAUGAAUAUAUAAAUGGAUGCUAACGUUUGUCCUAUAUUGCUACACAUUUAAUGACUUAAUAUAUGCAAAUUGGUAACAAAUUCUUUAGGACUGCUUUUUGCAUUUAGACUUUCCUGAACCUGAAAUUUAGGAAAUGUGAAGUAGGGCAGUUUUUGGAGAGCUACAGAUUAAGGCUGUUGACACAAAGUGUCUUAUUUCUCCACAUGAAACAUAAAACAAACAAAAAAAAAACCUGACAGCUUUAAUAUUACUUGCAGAUUUAAAGCAGUUUAAGAUUUAAAAAGAGCUCAGCUCAACUUUGUGAUUCUUCAGUAGAUAAAUGUARAUAAAUGAAAUGAUGUAAGCAGACAAAGAAUGUGUGUUAUAAUAAAAUAUUUAAUCUCUUURUUGCUAAUUACUACAGGCUACAACUGUAGGCAACAGUUUCUGGUUAUCUCUCUGUUCUGCCUGUCACAGAGCGGCAGACAGGAAGUUACAAAUACCCAAUAAGCUGGCAUUUAUAUAGCAAAAGUUAGCUAGUCUCUGCAUAUUAGCUAAAUUUAGCUAAUGCUAGAAUAUAAGAUUAUGUUAGCUCGCUAACUUUGGCUAAUCUUGUAAUCUGAGCUAACUCGUAGAAAGCCAAAACUUGACUUUUAMGUUUUCGUCUGAGGUUAAUGUACAUUUUGCAUUGACUGAUGCUGAAAAAUACAACUUGGCUAACACGGUGUAAUACAGCAAGACAGUAACAACGAUUUUUUUUCAGUGCAACAUUAUGCACAUACAUUUUGGUUGUGUUUUUGUGCCAACGGAAAAUAAUGCUGUGUGUAAUGACCGGGAAAAAAAUGCUGUAAACAUUUCUACUAUGUUGUAAAAUAUAUCUUCAAUUUUGAAGACAUAUUAAAAAGACAAAUUUAACUUGAAA